AUUACAACGAAAAAUAGGACACACUUAUCAUUUUCCAUUCUUCCCUCUCCAACCCUGUUAAGCGGUGUGAUCAAUGUCCUAUUGAUCCACUUAUUACUGGAGUUUCAACAUUUUCUGUGCUAAUUACAUUUUAUCAAAUUCAAAAUUCCAAUAUAUGUCGUUUUCCACGCACAGGGAUCGAUUGGCGAAACUAGAAAUUUCAUUAAGGGUGUUCAAGAUUUAGUAUAUAUGUAUGAAAAAAAAAAAUUCUGACCUAUAUACUCUGUAUAAUUCUUCAUAUACAUAAUAUAAUUUUUCGACGAAACUAUAUCAAUGUUAUUUGGAUUGUUCUAAGGUUGUUUCUUGAUUAACCAAGAAAAUUAUGUUGUAAUUAUAUUUCUUAGGUUUAAUUGGAUUUUUUGGUAAUUUUGUAUCUGGGGUUUAAGUUUUUGAAAAGAGCAAAUGAAUGUGGUUGGUAAAGUUAGUAGCUUUAUAACACAGGGUGUGUAUUCAGUUGCCACCCCAUUUCAUCCUUUUGGUGGAGCUGUUGACAUAAUUGUUGUGAAGCAAAAUGAUGGGACUUUUAAGAGUACCCCUUGGCAUGUUCGAUUUGGUAAAUUUCAGGGUGUUCUUAAACGGGCGGAAAAAGUGGUUCGAAUUGAAGUUAAUGGUGUAGGAGCUGACUUCCAUAUGUAUCUUGAUAAUUCGGGUGAAGCUUAUUUUAUCAGAGAAGUUACUGCUGAUAAUGAGCGUGAAGUAAACGAGGAUUCGAGGGAUUCUUUUGAAAAGGAAGAAGUGGAUACUAGUGAUCUUGAUAAUGCGAACAACAAUGAAGGUGUAAAGGAGGGUGAUCUGUCGAGAAAUGAGGAUAAUGACUCUAAUAAAGCUGUUUUAUCAUCGCGAGAUGAAGGUGUGACUCUAGAUAGGGGAGGUUCCGAUGAUGACAGGAGAUGCUAUGAGUUUCUGGAUAAACAAACUUCUUUGGAGGACUUGGUUUUAGAAGAAUUUGGUUCCAGUAGACAUGAGAAUUCGGAUAAUGUUGAGGAAGUGUUGGAAUCACUGGACUCCAGUUCUGAAGUUGUUAUGGUUAGUGUAGAUGGCCAUAUAUUGAAAGCACCAAUCUUAUCAUCUGAAAGGAAUGUGGAAGAUGUCGAAUUAGACACGCCUAGGUUUCAUCUAGGCCCUGGUCAAGGGACAGAUUUUUCUGAUGGUAACUCAGAGUUCAUCUCAGGUGAAGCUACAUGGGCCGAUGAGUAUUCGAGUUAUCAGGCAUCACCCAAAGUUGCUCCUGCAGACGCUUGCAAUGUGAAAAAAGAGAGCAGUAAGGUUGAGCACCAGAGAGAUUUUUCAAAAGUAGAUGGUCAGUUUCCAGAGAAUUUGGAUGGGAAGAACCAGGAAAAUGUCAAUGUGGAGGUUACAUCAUGUGGUAUUAAGAAGGAUGAGGUGUCCAACAGCUGUUUGGAGCUACCAGCAUCUGGCACGCAUGAUGGGAACGAGAUAAAUCAGCCAGAUGUGGUUUCUCCAGUGAAGAUCCGGGAAGUGGUUGACGAUUUAGAAAAGAAGCCUCCUGGGAAACUGGGAGACAACAGCUCGUUAAAUCCUAUUAAAUCCCUUCAGCAAGGCGAGUCAGUGAUGGAUUCUAAUGGUUUUGAUGGCUCAAGAAAUCAUCAUAUUGUUAGUGGUAAACACCCCGGUGAAAAGAAUGAUGUAUCCUUAGCAUCUGGAGAAAUAAAAAGUUGCCAUCAAGAAUCAUGUGAAUGUGGUCAAUGCAAAAAUGUGAGGAGUCUUAUAGAAGCUUCUCUCAAAGUAAUAGUGACAGGAGUAGAGAUAUCCCUUUGUGGCAACUUGCUUCAUGCUGGAAUGGGUUCUAGUUCUGCUAGAGAAGCCUUUGAUGCAAAUCGCAUAUCCGAGGAGGAAUUCAGAAGUUCUUCAGAAUCCAUAAUCAAGAAUGAAAACUUAGUUGUCAGAAUUCGAGGAAACUAUAUUUUUUGGGAUAGAGCUGCUCCUCUCAUCCUUGGCAUGUCCGAAUGUGAUAUGGAAUUGCCUGUUGAAUAUGCAGAUGUCAUACCUGUGGAACCGAAGGAGACCUCAAAAUCAGGACAGGAUGAUAGCGGGAUAUCUUCGGUUCCUUCUGGAAGACGAUGGACUCUCUGGCCAAAUCCAUUUAGAAGGGUUAAGACACUUGACAACAGUAACUGUAAUUCAUCAAAUGAAGAGGUCAUAGUUGAUUCUGAAUCUAACUCAAUAUGUCAGCCUAUGGAACAAACAGCAAUCACUAAAGGAGGCAAGGAAACUCCUCAGGUGCAACUUGUGAGAACGAAUAAUCCCACUUCCGAUCAAAUCACAUCUUUAAACUUGAAGGAGGGGCAGAAUAUGGUAACUUUCAUUUUCUCAACCCGAGUCCUAGGGGAGCAAAAGGUUGAAUCCCAUAUAUACUUGUGGAAGUGGAACUCAAAAAUUGUUAUAUCUGAUGUUGAUGGGACUAUUACCAAGUCUGAUGUUCUCGGCCAGUUUAUGCCUUUGGUUGGAAAGGACUGGACCCAUUUUGGAACUGCCAGACUUUUCUCUGCAAUCAAGGAAAAUGGGUAUCAGCUACUAUUUCUCAGUGCACGUGCGAUUGUUCAAGCAUAUCUGACCAAGAAUUUCCUGUUCAAUCUCAAACAGGAUGGAAAAACUCUACCCACAGGACCUGUUGUCAUUUCGCCCGAUGGUUUAUUUCCGGCAUUGUACAGAGAAGUUAUAAGAAGAGCUCCUCAUGAAUUCAAGAUAGCCUGUUUAGAGGACAUCAAAGCACUUUUCCCACAAGAUCACAACCCAUUUUAUGCGGGGUUCGGGAAUAGGGACACUGAUGAAUUCAGUUACAGAAAAAUAGGAAUUCCUAAAGGCAAAAUUUUUAUAAUCAACCCAAAGGGGGAGGUAUCAAUUAAUAAUCAAAUUGAUGUGAAAUCCUAUACGUCAUUGCACAGUUUAGUCGAUGACAUGUUCCCACCAACAUCCAUGGCUGAGCAGGAAGAUUUUAACAUAUGGAACUAUUGGAAAAUGCCCAUCUCAGACAUCAAUUACUUGUAGUGAUUUGGGAAGCUGACAACAAUUGCCACUGCUGAUUUUUGGUCCAAUUUCAAAGAAAAAUACUUUACUUGCAACCGGAGUUUACACCAAAUCGAUCAAUUAACCGUAAGAAUUCCAAAUUUAUCACAUGGUACGAGUUGUUGACAAAAUAUGUUAAACACUUGUCUUAUCGUUAUUAGUUUGAUGUAAACACCAGGUGCGGAUAAGUUUUCAUCUUAUUAAGUGUAAAAAAUGAUUUUGUAGUCAUGAUCAAAGCAUAAAUUCCUGAGGGAAUAAAGUUUUUCGAACGA